AUGAAUAAAUACGAGACUCUGUGCUGCCUGGGCUCCGGGAGCUACGGGACGGUGCUGAAGUGUCGACACCGGGACACCGGGCGCUGCGUCGCCGUGAAGAAGCUGCUGGAGGAAGACGAGUCCGUGAGGAAGAUCGUGGAGAGAGAGAUCCGCCUGCUCAAGCAUCUGCGUCAUGAGAAUCUGGUGAAUCUGCUGGAGGUGUGGAAGCGCAAGCGUCGCUGGUAUCUGGUGUUUGAGUUCGUGGAUCAGACAGUUCUGGAUGAGCUCGAGCAGUUCCCAUCCGGUCUGGAUCUGCUCCGAGUGCGGAGGAACCUCUUCCAGAUCCUGAGGGCCGUGUCCUUCUGCCACCAGCACAACAUCGUUCACAGGGAUGUGAAGCCCGAGAACGUUCUGGUCUCUCAGCUCGGUGUGGUCAAACUCUGUGACUUUGGCUUCGCUCGGACGAUGGCGGCCGCUCCUGGAGAGGUUUACACCGACUACGUGGCGACGCGCUGGUAUCGAGCGCCAGAGCUGCUGGUGGGAGACUCCAGAUACGGGAAGGCGGUGGACGUGUGGGCCGUCGGGUGUCUGUUCUUCGAGAUGUUAACAGGUGAUCCUCUGUUCCCGGGUGACUCUGACAUUGAUCAGCUGCACCUGGUCAUCAGUUGUUUGGGUCACCUGACCCCUCGUCACCGCGAGGUCUUCUACAGGAACCCGGUGUUCACUGGAGUUUCUCUUCCAGAGCGUGCGGAGAGAACCCCGCUGGAGAGCCGCUCGCUCAGACUGUCCGGACUGACUCUGGACCUCGCUCAGAGAUGUUUGCAGAUGGAUCCAGACAAACGCUGGCAGUGUUCGGAUCUGCUGCUGCAUGAGUACUUCACCAGAGACGGCUUCCACCUGCGCUUUCAGCAAGAACUGGCCAGUAAGACACACAAGGACCUGAAGGAAAACAGCAGAGGCACUAAAAGCUCCAGGAGAGAGAAGGAGAAGCUGGACAUGCUGAGACUGGCUCCUGAUGCUGUUCAGGUGCCGUUGGAGCACAGCAGAAGUCGAUACACUGCAGUGCCUGCUGGGAAAAAGAUGUCAGAGCUGCGUUUCCCUGAGCUUAGAAACACACUUCUGCCCGAGCUGAGAGCAGACGGAAGACCAAGAGGAAAUAAAGAGCAGAAAAACAACAGAAUACCGUCCAUAACAGCACCUGACCUUCAGUCUGACUCCAGCACAUAACACACACACACACACACACACACACAGACACA